UGCAGGAACCUGCAUGCUUCGCUUCAUUUCAAAAAUUCCAACCAAGAGGGUGCAGGGACAUAGGACCUGCCAUAAUGACCAGACUUCCCAAGCAAGGAUUACUGCUUCUCCAGUCCUUAGCCCUCCUCUCUAGUGCCUUUGGUAAUAUUAUACCAAACACAGACAACUGCUGCAUCUUAGAUGGACGUUUUGGGGAGUACUGCCCUACAACAUGCGGCAUUUCCGAUUUCCUGAACAGAUACCAAGAAAAUGUUGACACAGACUUGCAGUACCUGGAAAACCUUUUAACUCAAAUCAGCAACUCCACAAGUGGAACUACCAUAAUAGUAGAACAUUUAAUAGACUCUGGGAAAAAACCUGCGACAUCUCCACAAACCAUAGACCCUAUGACUCAGAAAUCCAAAAACAUGUUGGAUGAAAUUAACAGAUAUGAAAAAACUAUUAUCCAGUAUGAAGAAAAUAUACAAUACCUGCAAGAAGUAUAUUCUUCAAAUCAAAAUAAGAUUUUCCUGCUUAAACAGAAAAUAGCAAAUCUGGAAUUACAAUGCCAGCAGCCUUGCCGAGAUACAGUUCAGAUACAGGAGUUCACAGGAAAAGACUGUCAAGAAGUUGCUAAUAAGGGAGCAAGGCUUAGCGGACUCUACUACAUCAAGCCUCUAAAAGCCAAACAGCAGUUCCUGGUUUACUGUGAAAUUGAACCAUCUGGCAGUGCAUGGACUGUUAUUCAAAGAAGACUUGAUGGCAGUGUGAAUUUCCAUAAGAACUGGGUCCAGUAUAGAGAAGGUUUUGGAUAUCUGUCACCAAACGACAAGACUGAGUUCUGGCUUGGGAAUGAAAAAAUACAUCUACUAAGCACCCAAUCUACCAUCCCAUAUGUUAUGAGAAUUGAGUUAGAAGACUGGAGUAAUCAAAAGAGCACAGCAGACUAUUCCACUUUCAGACUGGGUUCAGAAAAGGAUAAUUAUCGUUUUACUUACGCAUACUUCAUUGGUGGUGAUGCCGGUGAUGCCUUUGAUGGGUUUGACUUUGGAGAUGAUCCAAGUGAUAAAUUCUACACAUCUCACAAUGGAAUGCAGUUCAGUACUUUUGAUAAAGACAAUGACAAGUUUGACGGAAACUGUGCUGAGCAAGAUGGCUCUGGGUGGUGGAUGAACCGAUGCCAUGCAGCCCACCUCAAUGGCAAAUACUAUCAAGGAGGUACAUACAGUGAGGCGGACAGUGGACCUAGCGGCUAUGAUAAUGGUAUUAUCUGGGCUACCUGGAGAAGCCGGUGGUACUCCAUGAAGUCAGUUACAAUGAAAAUCAUUCCCCUUAACAGAUAUGGAGCAGAGGGACAGCAGACUUUGGGCGGCUCAAAGAAGUCUGACUUUGAAAACAGAGGAGACUUUUAAGAAUCCAGCUUUUGGAUUAUUAUUUUACACUUUAUUGUCUUGCUUUAUAAAUUGUAUUCACAACUUGUUUUUAAAUAAAGAUACACCAUUGUG